AAAUGAUCUCUAAUUCAGUUCCUCCACCGCUCACUCAUCCUUUCCUCGAAUCUCUGGGUUUCCUCGCCACUCUUUUUUUCUCUGUGCUCUCUCUCACCCAUUACUAUUAUUAUUUGUAUGUGUGGUAUUGUUGUUCUGUAUAUUUGAUAGGUUGUAUUCUCUAGUUAACACAUAGUUCUAAUUAGAACAAUGAUUGAAGCCGCUUUGGAGAAUCCGGUGCCCAUCAAAUCUCAAUUGUCACCAACACCUCGAUACUUUGGCUCAUGCAAAUGGUUUAAUGUGUCGAAAGGAUAUGGUUUUGUGAUCGAUGACAUCACCGGUGAAGAUCUAUUCGUUCAUCAGUCUAAUCUCAAUAUGCAAGGAUUUCGGAGUCUUGAUGAAGGAGAACGUGUAUCAUACUACAUUCAAGAGCGAUCGAAUGGAAAAGGUAGAGAAGCUUAUGCGGUAUCAGGAGAAGUAGAAGGACAAGGACUGAAAGGAAGCCGAAUUCAUCCAUUGGGUCGUAAGAAGGCUGUCUCACUACGUUGCUUCAGAUGUGGAAAGUUUGCGACUCACAAGGCGAAAAGUUGUCCAAACGUAAAAACCGAUGCAAAAGUGUGUUAUACCUGUGGAUCCGAGGAGCACGUGAGCUCAAUCUGUCCUGAAAGACGACGAAAGCAUCGACCGGAACAAGUUGCCGCAGAGGAAGCAGAAGCUGCGAGAAUGGCAGCUGAAAAAUCAUCACCGACUACAUCUGACGAUGAUAUUAGAGAAAAGAAUAGUAAUUCCUCUGAUGAAUAGAAUCAUCUAGACACUGAGAAUAUUGAUAGAGAAAUAAUGGAAUAUAUGGUCUCAAAUAGAUUUUGUCUCGAAAUUCUUGAACAUCCAAAUUUAAAUGUGAAAAUUUUAGGAAAUAAUUUUGAGCUUUCUGAUAGUUUUUCAGCUUUUGAAAUGUAUUUUAUUUUGAAACCAAUAUUUAUUUCAUUUUCUGUCUCAUCUAAUUCUCAGUUUGCAUGCGUUACUUUAACUUACACACUAACUCUUUUUUUAUUCAAAUUUUGAUGUUUUUUUUUCAAUUGUUUUACUCAAAUUUCCCCUCUAAACCAUACUACCACCUACCUCCUCAAAUUGCACUCUCAGGGAUUCUUUUUUUUUUCAAAUAGAACUGAUUGCACCUGUUUUCAGGAUCUAUAAAUCUUAUAAUAUAUUUAACUUUCGUGUCUUUUCAUGUUCAUGUAUUUCUUGCUGAAAUCCAUCAUUUUCUCUGAAAAUCUCUACUCGUAAGUUCCGCUAUUGCGGGCGAACGCUGAAAUAAAUCGAGAGUUUUGUUUU